CUCCCGGUGCAUGACAGCUGCUCGGUGUGUAACGGAAGACAUUUUGAGCCGUCCGGUCUGUUAUAUGAGUGCCAGCCUGAAGUCAAGAGGCUGACAGAGUGAGCCGGUAGUCGGUAAAAAUAAAAAAGACGCAGAUUAAAAUCUAAAGUAUAAAAACAAAGAUAGUUUAUAACCGUUGUGUGUGUGCAGAUUAGCCUGUUAGCUUAGCGCUGCAAUCCAAACAGCAAGCAGAAUCCUAGAUGCUAGUUAGUUAGCUGGCCUCCUUCUCCUCCUCCUCCUCCUUCUCCUCCUCCUCCUCCUCGACAGCCGGUGCUUUCACGCAGACACAAUGGCUUUAAAACGGAUCUCCAAGGAGUUAACUGAUCUGUCCAGAGAUCCUCCGGCUCAGUGCUCCGCCGGACCCGUCGGUGAAGACAUGUUUCAUUGGCAAGCUACUAUAAUGGGGCCUCCUGACAGUCCCUACCAGGGUGGAGUAUUUUUCUUGACCAUUCAUUUUCCUACAGAUUAUCCCUUCAAACCACCCAAGGUCGCCUUCACAACAAGAAUUUAUCACCCAAAUAUUAACAGUAACGGCAGCAUCUGCUUGGAUAUAUUGAGAUCACAGUGGUCUCCUGCAUUAACUAUCUCUAAAGUCCUUUUGUCCAUUUGUUCUCUGUUAUGUGACCCGAACCCUGACGACCCGUUAGUGCCAGAGAUCGCCCGCAUCUACAAAACAGACCCUGUUAGGUAUAACAGACUAGCCAGAGAGUGGACAGAGAAGUACGCCAUGCUGUGAGGGUACAACAAGACAGCUCAGGACUGGACUCAGAAAUACGCCAUGUGAUCAUCAUGUGAUCAUCAUGUGAUCAUCAUGUGAUCAUCAUGAGAUCAUGUGAUCCUUCUCCUGCUGGAAUUAACUUUUAUUUUUCUCAUCGCGCCCCCCCCCCCGCUCCUCCUCCUCCUCCUCGCCCCCCUUUCCCUCCUCCUGCCCCCCCUCCCCCCUUCCUCCCUCCUUCAUCUGCCAAUAACAGCAAUUUGUUCACAUUUCGUUUUUUGUCCCCAUCCUCGACUUCAAUCUUAAAUUCAUCCAAAAAAUGCUUUUAAACUUGAUCUCUUUUUGUUGUUUUUGUUGUUGAUUUAAAACAAAGCGAAGGGCUGAAGACUCGGAGCUGUCAAUGUGCCAACUGCAAAAACCCUGAAUGAACAGACAACUGUUACAAUAAAGACAUAAAUAAUAAAAAAUAAAGCUGCAGGAUAAUAUGAAUAAAUAAUUUAAUGCAUGUCAGUGAUUGGUUAAUAAUGUGCUGCUGAGAACAGAGUUUAAAAAAGAAAAAAAAAGAAGUGAUGACAGCUUUCUUUUCUUUUUUCUUGGAGGUUUUUCUGUUCUUGUUAUUAUGAUGUUUUUGUUUUUUUUGGUUUGUUUUUAGACGAGCGAGCCGUUAGUUCAUCCAUCAUCCACAACACUGUUCUCCUCUUUUUUGCACUGAAGAUGAAACUUAAAGCUCUCAACGGCUGAUCGAUCAACUAAUAGCUCUGAUGUUUGUUUCUUUUUCUCAAUAAAGUUGAACAAAUUG